AUGAUGUCUAAAACAGAAAAUUCUGUAUGGGGCAAUAAGGAAUAUGAAUAUUUUAUGAAGCUUCAAAAUCUACAGGCAGAAUCUAUUUUCAAUAUUGUCGAAUUUGACCGCACAAUCAAUGAAUUAAAGCAGUGUGUAACUGAACUUCUAUGGCAUGUUGUCGUUGAAGAAGCACAGUUGAUGCAACAACUCAGGCUAGUAAAAGAAUUUUUUUUGAUGGGACGAGGCGAUUUAUUUCUAGAAUUCAUCAAGCUCACGACGCACAUUUUAAAUAAGGCGCCAACAAAUCACACAUCCAGAGACAUUAAUCUCGCAUUUCAAAUGGCGCUGAGAAAGAUGCAUCUAAAUGACGAAAGCGCUAUCGAUAGUUUUAACUUUGUAGUGCCUGUAUCUGUUGAAAACGAGAACGUUAACACGGAUAUAAUUGAUCUCGAUAACGAGAAACAAGAUCCUAAUGAGAAAUGUGGAUGGGGCAUGAUUAUGCUUAAAUAUAAAGUCGUUUGGCCAUUACAUUUGAUGUUUAGUCCAGCCGUAUUAAACGAUUACAACGUUCUGUUUCGUUUUCUAUUGAGAGUUAAGAAAACUCAAAUAAAUUUGUGGAAUCUUUGGAGUGAACAUAUGCACCACAAAGACAUCGACAUCGGUGUAAUCCAAUUGAGAAAUAAUUUAAUUUUUAUUGUUGACAACUUGCAAUAUUAUCUGCAAGUGGACGUGAUGGAGAGUCAGUAUACUGUAAUGGAAGCAAGUUUGAAAAAUACACGAAAUUUCGAAGAUAUACAGAAAGCACAUUCUGUGUUUUUAGCUAAUGUCAUGUCGCAAACUUUUUUGUUAAGUAACACAGGAAAAAAGAAUCCUGUAAGUUUUAUCAGAAUAAUUUGUAAAAAUCAGAAUAUAAAGUGAAUUAUAUAUUUAAA